CAGAGCAGAGCACUGGGUCAGACACAGAGGUGCUGGCAGAAAGGACGUCCUGCUCAUUUGGCUCCCAUUCUGACCUUACAUCCGGUGGCUCAGGCCCUCAGCCUCCUCCACCUUCAUCCAUGGAAGAGAUCCAGGUAGAGCUGCAGUGUGCUGACCUCUGGAAAAGAUUUCAUGACAUUGGGACAGAGAUGAUCAUCACAAAAGCAGGCAGGAGAAUGUUUCCAGCCAUGAGAGUGAAAAUUACAGGCUUGGAUCCCCACCAGCAGUAUUAUAUUGCCAUGGACAUUGUGCCUGUGGAUAACAAGAGAUACAGAUAUGUGUAUCACAGCUCCAAGUGGAUGGUGGCUGGCAAUGCUGACUCCCCAGUGCCCCCGAGGGUUUACAUCCACCCUGACUCACUGGCUUCUGGAGACACCUGGAUGAGGCAGGUGGUCAGUUUUGACAAGCUCAAGCUGACCAACAACGAGCUAGAUGAUCAAGGCCAUAUAAUCUUACAUUCAAUGCAUAAGUACCAGCCCCGUGUUCAUGUCAUCCGCAAGGAUUUCAGCAGUGAUCUUUCUCCUACAAAGCCAGUUCCUUCAGGAGAUGGGGUGAAGACCUUCAACUUCCCUGAGACUGUCUUCACCACAGUGACAGCCUACCAAAAUCAACAGAUCACCAGAUUAAAAAUUGACAGAAACCCCUUCGCUAAAGGUUUCAGAGAUUCUGGGAGAAACAGGACGGGGCUGGAGGCCAUUAUGGAGACCUAUGCUUUCUGGAGGCCCCCCGUGCGCACUCUCACCUUUGAAGACUUCACUACCAUGCAGAAGCAACAAGGAGGCAGCACAGGCACCUCCCCGACCACCUCCAGCACGGGGACACCGUCACCCUCUGCUUCCUCUCACCUUCUCUCUCCGUCCUGCUCCCCUCCAGCCUUUCAUCUGGCCCCCAACACUUUCAACGUUGGCUGCCGGGAGAGUCAGCUUUGCAACCUCAACCUGUCUGAUUAUCCCCCGUGUGCCAGAAGCAACAUGGCUGCCUUGCAGAGCUACCCAGGCCUGAGUGACGGCGGCUACAACCGACUGCAGAGCAGCACUGCUUCUGCCUCGCAGCCCUCCGAAACCUUCAUGCCUCAGAGGAAUCCAUCCUUGACUCCUUCCUCCCUGCCCAGCAACAGCAAGAUGGAGGCAUACAGCGGCCAGCUGGGAUCCUUCCCCAGCUCUCAGUUUCAGUAUGUCAUGCAAGCAGGCAACCCUGCCUCCACCUCCUCCUCUUCACACAUGUUCGGUGGUGGCCACAUGCAGCAGAGCUCCUACAAUGCCUUCUCCCUGCACAAUCCCUACAACCUCUAUGGAUACAAUUUCCCUGCUUCCCCCAGGCUGGCAGCAAGCCCGGAGAAACUCACCACCUCCCAAAGCACUUUACUCUGCUCUUCCCCAUCUAGCGGGGCCUUCGGAGAGAGGCAAUACCUUUCUGCGGGGAUGGAUCAUGGGAUGCACAUGAUCAGCCCUCCCUCCAGCAACCAGCAGACGGCCAACGCCUGUGACAACAGACAGUACGGUGCGGUUCAGGGCUCCUCCUCACAGAUGUCUGUGCACAUGGUCUAACAAGCCAUGCCUCUCCUUGGCCUCGAAGGCA